UCUAAUGGAAGCCAAAGUAAAGAUCGUAAUAUAGUGCUAAGGCGUGUUAACAAUAAUUUGGUCUGAUUAUAUUAUUGUUUUUAAAUAAUUGUUUUAGUCAAAUUUCAUAUGAAUUUAUAUCGCGUGUGUUGACUUCAUUUUUAUACAAUAACGCUAGGAGCAGGUGAGGUGACAUGCUUGUCAAUAAUCGAAAGAAAUGAUGAAUGAAUAAGUAGUGCCGGGAUAUUGAUAUUCCUCAACAAUGAACGGAUGUGGUUUUUUUUUCGGUUUAGUGCAAUAAUGCUUCCUUCAAUAUGAAGGAGAUUAUGAAGGAGAUGGUUGGCGGUUGCUGUGUGUGCUCAGACGAGCGCGGUUGGCCAGACAACCCGCUGGUCUAUUGUGAUGGCAAUGGCUGUACUGUGGCAGUGCAUCAAGCCUGCUAUGGAAUAAUUGCUGUACCAACUGGUCCGUGGUACUGCAGAAAAUGUGAGAGUCCGGAGACAAAGGGCAAAGUUAGAUGCGAAUUGUGCCCAUCUAAAUCUGGGGCACUGAAGCGAACAGACACUGGUGGAUGGGCCCAUGUCGUCUGCGCCCUCUAUAUACCGGAAGUGAGAUUUGGAAAUGUCACCUCUAUGGAGCCUAUUGUACUAAGGCUGAUUCCUCCUGAACGUUACAACAAGACAUGCUAUAUUUGUCAAGACCUGGGUAAGACUCACCGCUCCAACGCCGGUGCCUGCAUGCAAUGCAACAAAUCAGGAUGUAAACAACAGUUCCACGUGACCUGCGCCCAGAGCCUCGGACUGCUCUGCGAGGAAGCUGGCAACUAUCUCGAUAACGUGAAAUACUGCGGUUACUGCCAGCAUCAUUACAGCAAACUGAAAAAGGGCGGUAACGUGAAGACGAUCCCGCCCUACAAGCCGGUGUCGCACGACAGCCAGUCGAGCGACUCGAGCGAGAAGGAGGGCGAGGCGUCGCCGAUGGCCACCGGCAGCGCGACACCCACGCACACCGCCAAAGCUAAAGGGCCCGGUCGCAAGUCAUCGCAUUCAAGCGGAGGUGCUUCUGGGAAGAACACACCGAAUUCGGUCAAAACUCCCACAAACGCGCCGCUACCAAUGGAUAUCUAUCAAGACAUCAUAGAGCUGACCACUAUACGGAAGCACAGACACGAGAAACACAAAAAGAAGCAAUCUCCAUCUCGGCGAGGAUCGUCUACAGGAGACGGUGGAGGCGGUAGCAAGAAUAGCACGCCGGCCCCGUCCCCGCAGCACUCCAGCGAAUCGCACUCGCAGAACAAAGGCUCCGGCGGAUCCACACCGAGGGAAAACACCACAAAGAUUCCGCUUCCGUCGGCGUCUCCUGGCGCCAAACAGCCAGAGACGGGAGGCGUCAUUAGUUCCAUUGCGUCAAUAAACGCCUCCGUUGCGUCCAUACCGAUGCCACCGACGCCAGUCACUUCCACUGUCGUCCAUGCGCCUAUAUCGAAACCGUCGAUGUAUCAAGAAUCUGUGAUCACCAACACUGACGCCAUGGACACGAAGCAGACGAAGAAGAGGAAGGCGGUCACCGCCACCAACAUGUCGAUGACGCCUGUCGAUUAUGCGUCUACUACACCGCCGGCUGUGCUGAGCGACAUCAACCCCCAAAACGCGAGCAACGCCUGGGAAGCGUCGAACCACGGAUCAAGUGACGCGAAUAUGGAAGGCGUUGAGAAAAUUAUAAAGAAGGCUAAGACGGAUGGCACGGAGCCCGUGCCUGUUAUGGCUCACUUCUCGAGCGUGAGCCCCGCUCCGCCGCCGCCGCCUCCCCCUCCCGCGCACAGCCCCAGGCACCUGCCGAGUCCUAUGCCAGGACCUAGCGGCUUGAACCAGAUUACGAACAUCAGGUCGCCGUCACAGCCGCAGGGGUGCGGUAAGGAGCGGGAGGGGCCCGCUUCGCUGCUGGUGUCCGUGCCGCUGCCUUCCACCAGCCACGGGCUCAACCUCACCGCGCACGCGCACGCGCAGGUUCAUAUGCACCAGCCCCAGGACAUGGCUGUUGGUCCAGCUCAUAUUUUCCAUCAGCUUCAUAAACAGGCUGCCAUGGAACCCACGGUGUCUGGUCAUUCCCCGCACGGCGUCUCCGGUCGCGGAUCCUGGGGAGGUUUGAACGUAGCCUACGAGAUGCAGGACCCGAACAAGCCCGGCGUAAGCGGAAUGGCCGGGUGUAGUAAGGACGCGAGCGUUGGCGUGAACCUGGGUCAAAUGCCGCCGGUGGGCAUCAGAAACAAGAAGCGUGCAGCUAUGGCCACCUCCGUGGUCUCCAUGGCGAACUCCGUGUCAACUAUGCAAACAGCCACAGCUCAAAAUCUCGCAAGUGUACGACGUCCCCCGCAACCGACACCACCUCCGAUAUACCAAGAAAUAAUCAAAGAUUCGCCACCCAGCUCGCCUAGUUCCGAGCGUCCGCUGAAACCCAAGCUUGAAAACAAACUCGGAGCCAGCUGCACAGCGCCCCACAUGCUGGGUAAUGAGCUGAAUCCCGAGAGUGGCGCUGCACAGCGCUUGCAGGAACAAUUAAGCGCAGAGUUAGCCGCACAUGCUGUAGGUUCCAACGCGCCCGGCGGACCUGAUAUGCUCGUACCGCCGCCUCUCAUCAAUAAGGCUACACCUAGUACUAGCACGAGCGGAAUACGAGGGACGACCAGUGCACAGAGCCUGGACCAGCUACUGGAGCGGCAAUGGGAGCAAGGCUCCCAAUUCCUCAUGGAACAGGCGCAGCACUUUGAUAUAGCGUCCCUACUCUCGUGCCUGCACCAAUUACGCACGGAAAACGUGCGUCUCGAGGAGCACGUGGGCAACUUACUCCAGCGACGGGACCACUUGCUUGCGGUAAACGCGCGACUUGCGAUACCGCUCACUGCUGUGGUGCCAGGUCCCGGCGAGAGCUCUCGCUGUCCGCGCGAGAACGGCGCCCCCGUGCGCGCCCCGCCCGGCACUGUGAGACCUAACGAGACCAUCACGUCUGACCGACCCCAUCAGCUGAUUAUGCGCGAGGUGCAGCAGAAGCCCAGCUGAAAUGAACCGGACGGCGGGCGCGCCGAAGCGGAGGACCCCGCCGCGCUGCGCACCGUACACACCUUUAUCAUGCUCGAACAACGCCGUCGGCGAGACUUCUCCAUCGAUGCUAUACUCAACUACGAUAACUAAACUUUUAACUCACUCGAUCGCCACAGAAGACGUGUGACCUGCCACGAACCAUCUCCAGACCAUUAGUAAUCCCUUAUUUACAAUAUCUUCGUAGUGGAAUCGACAAGACAAAGAAUUAUUUUAAAGGCUAAAACCCAUAAACGGUUUAUAUUAACUGUACUACGUAUACGUACGUAGGUGUAUUAUUUGUUGUAUUUGCAGCAAUUUAUCAGCACCUAAGUAAAUGACUCGACUACCCCAUCGAUUUCAGCUUAGAUUUAUAAUAUACACCAUCAUCCGUUAUCCUUAUUAGAUAAAAUGAGACGCUAAUGCGUCCGUGGUGACCGUAAUCAUAAUAUCGAAAAUUAAUUGAAAUAUGUCAGCGCUUAUCGCGAGUGAUUUUCAAUUAGUUGGAUUCGAUUACGACGAUUGGACUAUCGUAGCUCGUGUCAGUACCAUACCCAUACCUGUAAAUAUAUAAUUUUAUCUGAUUGUAAAUAUUUUCAUAUAGGCUUAGAAUUAACGCUGAGUCCAUGGGGCAGGUAGAAAUCGUAAACGCUGAUCACUUCGAGGUCAACGAAAUACGUUUGCAGGUAGCAGGUCUUCCUGUUCGUUUACAUUAAUUAUAAAUAGACUAGGUCAAGAUGGAGGCUUUUAAGUGCAGUAUACUUGAAAUAAUGCGGUAAAUAUGUAAAAUAUUAUUUAAAAUAUCUCAUUUCUAAUUUGGAAAUAAGAAAAAAACUCCCUAAGUAAACUCGUUCACACACGUGAUUGAGUAUAAAAUCAUUCAAGCAAGUUUCGGCACAACGAAAUAUAUAACUAACUACGCUACGCUAUAUGAUAUUUUAGAUGAAAGCCUAAUUAUUCGGAAAUCAUAAAUCAAUGUAUCUAUGUACGAUAUUAUAUACGAUAAAGCGAUUUUUUUACAAAUUUUAUGUAAAAAAUUAUAGUAUUAUUGAAAUUGGAAAUAAUUUUUCACUUUGGCCUCCAUCCAUCACCGUGAUAUGUUCACGUAAUCUAGUUUAUACAUUGUAGUUAUAUAGUAAAUAUUCACUUAGGUAUGAGUAAAUAGACCUCCGGGCCAAACUUCUAGACUAAAGCUUAGGUAUAAAUUACAAUUUAGAAUGAUAAUUUAAUUCAAAACGUUCAUUUACUUUUUUAGAUCGACGAAGAUUAUUUUGUUCGGUAGUAAUUAGUUUUUAUUUUUUAAUUUAUCCGGUACACAUUUUGAAAUAGUUUUAUCCAAAGAAAUUUUAUCUAAAAGUUAUUGUAACGAAUAGCGUUUACAUAAAUAUAUUGUUAGAAUAUAAGACACGAUAUACGACAUGACUCGAUAUAACCACACGGACGUUACUGAAACACAAUGUAUGACAAAGAGACAAUUUGUAUUCAUCACGAAGCAGACACUUUGAAAUAAUUCUAUCUCGGAUUUUCCUAGUCGUGGAACUCGUCGUUCCAUUGGUACCCUGAUUAAAUGCAGAAAAGCAAUUGGAGAAACGGCACAAGAACGAGCUUACGCUUUGGUUACGUUGUUAGCUAUGAGAGCAGCUAUCAGUUACACGUGUAGGCAGAGAGGCGAUCGUCUAAUCGAUUAUGACAUCGGUCUUCUCAAAAUAUCAUUUAACCUCGAAGGUUAUUUGUUUUUUUCUGGGAUACGUUGUGAUCAGUUAAUCGGUGUAACUCGAUCGUUCGUUUAGACGGCAAGGAAUGUGAGAACGAUACGUUAUUAGGCGUUAGGCGGGAUCGAGAGGAUCGUUACGAAAUGGUUGCAUCUGGUCUGAAAUGGUAUUGGUUUAACUUAAGGUUUUCCUUAAGUGAUAUUUAUUUAUUAAUAUGUGUCCUUAUAAAUCUGAAUGUUUUGAUGUCACCUUGAUCCGUUAUGUAAGCAUAGAUUAUAACUGUAGUCGCAGAGAUGCAAGUCAGUGUGGGUACAGUUAUAAACUUGUCCCUCCCUCGAUGUUAUUGUAACCCAUUAUUGGAGCUUGUUUACAUUUGUGCGUAUUUUAUACUCUCGCUUGUAAUAAUGUUAAAGAAAAUCUUGACAUACUUGCCCUUUAAAAAUCGAACAAAGUCUAAACCGAAAAACACCGAAGGCAUUUGAAUUUUCUUAUCGCACCCUUAAAGACAGACUACUCGCUUAACGAAAUCGUUCAAGAAUUGUGACACUAAUGCCGUUCGUUUUAGUUUCGUAAACUACAAGAUCGAUUUGUCUUCCUUUAACACGCGUUUAGACAUUUUUGAUUGAGUAUUGCGAACUAUUUAUUUCAAUAAUGUAUUCGUUUAUUGAUAACGAAAUAGUGUGCGUCACACGUGACGUCACGUUCGUAUACAAAUACGCAUAAAUACAAACCCGCCAUGUUAUAUGAACGUUGUCAUUAAUGUGUACUUAGUAUUGUCUAUGUUCAAGCGUUAUCGGUGUUGCGUGUUCAUUUUUAAAUGUUUUUCAUCUCAUUGAUCGAUGUUUGUUAUAAUACGAUAAUCGUUUCUAUAAUGUUCCCAUCGUAUUUUAAUUCUGAUAUUAUUUAAUGUCUCAUUUUAAAACUAGCGAAUCGAUAGGAUUUCUCUUUCGUUAUAUAUAAUGGUUUUUGUCUUAUCUUCGAUUUACAAUUUUUAAAAGAACUUU